GUCAUUUGAUUAUCGUCAGCGAUCGGCUGUCAAUUUCCUACACGUUCUAUUUAUCAAGUUGUAUUUCAUAAUUUGCGAUAACUAGUGUAAGAGAAGGUGCUCUAUUUAAUCAUGAUAUAUUCUGCGUGGCGUAGGCAGUUGCAGUCUUUUGUAUUAGUUAUUCUAACAUGUGUAAUAUCAGCUCAAACUGAUGUUCCGAGACCUCGCGGCGUUUCCUUAUCCAAAGCAUCUCUAUAUUCGCCGACUAAAGAUUUUACCUGUUUCGAUGGAUCCAGUACUAUACCAUUUACUUACGUGAAUGAUGAUUAUUGCGAUUGUUUCGAUGGCAGUGAUGAACCGGGUACAUCGGCAUGUUUAAACGGUAUUUUCCAUUGUACAAAUGCAGGGCAUCGACCGCAAAACAUCCCAAGUUCACAGGUAAAUGACGGAGUAUGUGAUUGCUGCGAUGGCACUGAUGAGUAUGCUAAUCCUGAAGCGUGUUCUAACACUUGUGAACAGUUAGGUAGGGAAGCUAGAGCGAAGGCUCAACAUUUAGCUGACCUACAUAAAGCAGGUAACUCUAUAAGACUAGAGCUUAUUGAAAAGGGCAACAAAAAACGUCAAGAAAUGGCUGAACAACUGUCUCAGUUGGAGAAAGAUAAAGCUGAUGCUCAAAAAAUAAAAGAAGAAAAAGAAGCACUGAAAAAUAAUUUGGAAGCUAAGGAGAAUGAAGCUCUUCAAGUGUAUAGAGAUGCUGAAGAAAAAGAGAGGUUAAAAAAAGAAGAAGAGGAUCGUCAGCAAUUAGAAAAAGAAGUUAGUGAACAAUUUACAAGAUUUGAUUCUAAUAACGAUGGAUUGUUAACAGUGGAUGAAAUAAAAGUUGCAAAUGUAUUUGAUAAAAAUAAAGAUGGACAAGUUGAUGAAGAAGAGCUGAAAUAUUUUAUGGGGGAUAAAGAACAUUUAAAUAUGGAAGAGUUUAAAUCAGACACUUGGCCAUCGCUGAAGCAGUUGUUGAUGAUGGAGCAAGGAAUGUUUAAGCCAGCAGAAGCUGAAGAAGUAACAGAAGAGCAUGAAGCAGAUGAGGAAGAGGCAGAAGAGCCGAGUAUUGCAGACAUCGAUAGCACCGGUACUGAAGAUGAUCAUAUUGAUGGUGACUUAUCACAAGAUGAUGAGGAAGAUCAUGAUAUACAUAGUGAAACUCCAAAAGGAUAUGAUGAUGAAACACAAAAGUUAAUUGAUGAAGCGUCGGAGGCACGUCGUCAAGUUGUAGAUGCAGAACGUACUGUGAGAGAAAUAGAAUCAAGUAUUAGAAACAUUCAACAAAACUUAGAAAAAGAUUAUGGUUUAAAUCAAGAAUACGCAACACUCGAUGGGCAAUGUCUAGAAUAUGAGGAUAAAGAAUAUGUCUACAAACUUUGUUUGUUCCAGAAAGUUACACAAAAAUCCAAGAAUGGUGGUAUGGAAAUUGGUCUUGGCGAUUGGGGAGAAUGGGCUGGAGAAGAAGGAAACAAAUAUUCAGUAAUGAAGUAUACAAACGGAGUUGCCUGUUGGAACGGGCCAAAUAGAAUGACUCUGGUUAAUAUUAACUGUGGCUUGGAAUCAAAAUUGAUGUCAGUCACAGAACCAUAUCGUUGUGAAUAUAAAAUAGAGUUUGUUACACCUGCGGCAUGUGAUGAUUCUAAUUUUAUACAACAACAGACAUCCCAUGAUGAGCUGUAAUAGUUUUAAUAUAUUUUCACUCUACAUGAGAUGUGUUGAAAAAUUAGGGUAGUUAUUCAUUACUGUCACCUUUUGUCACAAUAAGUUAAAAAGAAAUUAAGUCUGGUCAGCUUUCAUUUGUUUAUAAAAUCUAGUUAUCAUUUACACUAGAUUACAAAUGUAAGACAUGCUCACUUCUUAAUCAUGUUACUUAUAUUUUUAAAAAGAAUUUAUAUUAUUUAAAUGAACACUGAUAGCAUAGCUGCAUUUAAUAUUAUUUCAUUUUUUAGUAAUAAUUUUGUAAUAUAACACGUUUGUUAUAUGAUUAAAACUACAUUUCUGAUCUAAGACUGACCUGGCUAACAAAUAUUUAUUUCUAUUACAUUCCUCAAAUGUAAGGCUGUCCUAGCAGUGGUGAAAAUGUAGAAAAAUAUAAAAUCAUGAUGUGAACAAAACAUUGUAAGUGAUUAAUAAAAUAUUGUUAUGAUUAAA